AUGUACGCUCUCUACGUAAACAAUUCACACAAGCAAAGUCUCUCACUUCCAAGGUUUUCGACCAGAACUGGUCGUAUCCACCCUGCGCAGUUGAACGCAUUCAGUCUAAACGCAAAGUGCUUCUUGACCGAAAUCAGAUCAGCACCGUGCCAGCAACACUCACGAUCGCAGUCUUCCGCGGGGACCCCCCUCGACUGGGCGAUUUACCGACACACAGCGCUUCACGUGGGAUAUAUAGACGGCGAAGACCAGAUAUUGCACGUCGCCGGUGCGCAUCCCUUUUUUGAAUAUUCACCCCAAUCAUGUAUCCCAGCGGAUACGGGAUUGAAGAUAGAAGCUCUUAUUACGGUUGCCAAUCCAUCGGAUGAGAUCACCAAAAGUAUGAUCGAGAAGGCCUGUGCCCAAACGCCAGUGCGAAAUGAUCCUCACCACCAGGAUUGGAAUUGUCACAACUGGGUCGGCGAGGCCCUUACAGAAUUGGUAGAUAUUGGUUUCCUUACCGAGGAGCAACGCUCACAGGGAAUCACUCGGAUGGUGGAUGCUUGUCUUGAAGCCGAGGAGGAGGCCGAAUGA